AUGGAUGCUGCAGCUCAUCUGGGUCAUGUGGAUUCACAGAAGAGCACUGUGGUGGGAUGUAUGAGUAACUGCAACGCCACCGCAGAGUGCGGCAAAUACUCAAAAGGGAAUGUUGGAUGUCCGCUGGGCGUAUGCUGCAGCUUUGCUGGAUUCUGCGGUACCACGUCAGAGUUUUGUGGAGAUGGCUGUCAGUCUGGUUGUAAGGAAGUAGAUGAACCGAGCUGUGACUCCCACACCGAUAUUAUGAAGCUAGAUCGCCGAGUCGCAUACUACGAGCUGUUCAACAUGGACAAUAGAAAAUGCGAUAAAUACAUACCCGAGCAUAUCCCCGCGGGUGGACUGACUCACUUGAACCUGGCCUUCGCUGUUAUUAGCGAUAAGUUUGAGAUCUCGGAGGACGACAGUGACCUAGUGACUCGCGCUGCACACUUGAAGGACCGGUUUGAAGGACUUCGCGUCAACAUAGCCAUUGGUGGUUGGGAUUUCAAUGAUGGCGCCACGGCCACCAUCUGGUCUGACCUUGUGGCAGACUAUCAGAAUACCCAGACGUUCAUGGAUUCUUUGGUAGCAUAUUUGAAGAAAUAUGGCCUUGAUGGGGUCGAUCUGGAUUGGGAAUAUCCUGUUGCGGAAGACCGUGGAGGUGCCAAAGAAGAUUACGGUAACUAUGUUACCUUUGUGGCCAGGCUUCGAGAACGUUUUGAUCAAGAGAAUCCCGGCUGGGAAAUUUCUAUCACCUUGCCGGCCAGUUAUUGGUACCUCAGAGGGUUUGAUGUUGAGCAGCUUCAGAAGUAUAUUUCAUACUUCAACCUCAUGUCUUACGACUUCCACGGUCUAUGGGACAAACACAAUGAUUGGACCGGACCCUACCUGAAAGGUCAUACAAAUCUGACUGAGGCCAAGCAGGGACUGGAUCUCCUUUGGCGUAACAACGUGAAACCUGAAAACGUGGUCAUGGGUUUCGGCUUCUAUGGCCGCUCUUUUACCAUGUUAGAUAGUACCUGUCAUGACCCAAAUGAGGGCUGCCAGUUUUCCACAGCUGGUCUGCCUGGGGAUUGCUCUGAUACAGCAGGCAUUCUGACAUACGCUGAGAUUCGUUCACGAAACAACUCCCUGAACACAGACACAUACUAUGACGAGAAGUCGACAACAAAGUACAUGACUUAUUCCGCUGACCAGUGGAUCUCAUACGACGACGAGGAGUCGUUUACAGCCAAGAAAAAGUUUCUCACAUCUCAAUGUCUGUCAGGCCUGAUGAUCUGGGCUAUAGAUCAAGACACACAGGACUAUGAUGCCAUAAAUGCUCUUUUCGGGGAUGCAGCCAUGGAUGGUGCUCUGACACGAGGUGGCGAACUCAGUGAUGAGCAAAAGGAGAAAUUGACCAAUGAGUUUGCAUCCUUCAAUGGCCAGAACUGCUUUGUCACAGAGCUUUGCACCGACGGUAGCUCCAAAGAGAGCGGCCCUAAGCAAAAAUGUCCUUCUGGGACAUCCUCUGUGUCAACUGCCCAUGCACCUUUGCAGAAGGCUGGUACGGUGGGCUUGAUCGGUCAAUGCUCUGAAGGUUGGUACCGACAUGUGUGCUGUCCUAAUAAACAGAUGCCAAGUAACUGCCAGUGGAAUGUAAGUUCUCAUCGCCUCACUAUCCGGAACGAUAUUCACAAAGUACAGGGCGAGCCGGUUCGCAGCGAAGUAGGCUGUUCAGGCAAAUGUGGCGAUAGCCAGUUCGAGCUGGCCACAGACACAUUCACUGACGCAUUGGGAGAAGGGCAGUGUUUCCAAGGUCACCGCUCCUUAUGCUGCGACUCAACGGAACUUCUCCAUCAGUGCUACUGGAGUGGUUGCGAAGGCCCUUUAAUGCCAUAUCAAAGCAUCGGGGAGCUUGGGACACCUGGGUGCAAGGAUGGCUAUGAGAGUGUGGCCUCUCGGUUUGAUACAGAUGACGGGGGUUGGUGCUCACGUGAAUUCAGCAGUGAUUUGCACGAUAGAUUUAAGCGAGGCUUGUGCUGUCCUAAGUCCAAGAAGUUCGAUAAUUGCAGAUGGACGACUCAGGAUGCUGUAAGCACGUUGGAUGAUGCUACCUGUCAGCCGCGUCAAUGCAAGAAAACCCAGACUAAGAUCUCUGAAGCAUAUGAGCCUAUGAUCAAUCCUUAUUCUGCAAAGUACUGCAAAGGUGACUGCACUGUUGGGGAUCAAUGCGCUGCAAAUCCAAUUCUGCCCGAGUUCGAUCCUGCCUUCUAUCUCUGCUGUGACCCACCUUCCCAGUAUAAUGAGGAUUGGCCUGUCCCACCCUCAUAUCUUUGGGAAGAUGCUUAUGAGGAUGAUGGUGACGACGUUGCCUGGGCAUUUGCUGACAACCAGGGCAACAAUGAUGAUCAAUCCACUGAUGAUCCAAUCGAAGAGGAUCCUUCAGAUCAUGCCUAUGGCUUUCUAAUGUUGGAUGGGCCGCCGGAAUCAAUUGACAAUGCCUUUGGUGAUUCAUACACUGUUGCCCGCCGCAGCAGUAAAAUGCCCAACAGAAGACGUUCAAUGAUCACUACCAACACUACUAUCCUUGACUCAACCUUUGACCACGCUGAAGAGACUAUGUUUGUGUACUGCAACUACCCAAAGGGAUCUCCUGAAUGCGAGAAGAUCUUUCGCAAAGGCGCUGAAGAUACGAUCAUCAAGCUGCCGGAUCAUGUUGGAGAAGGUCCAUUCGCCCGCGUUGUCUCCAUGGCACAGGCCUCAGAUACGUAUGAGCUUCCCCAUCACCAUGUCCGAGCUCGCUCUGCGGAAAACAAUGAGAACGAGGUUUAUGAGCUCAAGAUAGACUACAACUUCCAUCUUAUCAAGCGGAACGAUGGUCCGGUCAACAUGCGCAUUGAUUACACCAAUCUGCUUCCGUACUGGGAUGAAGUAACGGACUCUAAGCCAUCAUCAAAAAAGAGAUCCGUCCACGAGAAACUUACGAAAGAUGAUUGGAAAUCUUUUAUCAAGGACGUGAAAACGAGAGCUGCCUCGAAUAGCACUUCAGUCAAGCUCGCCUCCGGCAGCACUGACAUGAUGGAGACUGCAGACACCGGGUUAGCGAAGCGGUGGUUCGGCAAAUUCGUGGACUGGCUGAAAAAGAUGAAUACCGUCGAAGCUGGAAACGAUGGCGUCCUCAACAUGGCCUUCCAGAAGAGCUUUCUUCUAUACCGGGCUGUAAAGGGAUGUGCCCGCCGAACUUUCUAUGCAGAGAUGAGAAUGUACCUCGAUGCGGAUGUUCAGAUGGACGCGACAUAUGCUUACUAUCUCUCUGGAACUAUCGUGCCAUUGAAGGUGGAUGAUACGUACGGCUAUUUGGGUGUAGAGCCAAGCGCAUAUCUCGGAUUGCGACUCAAAGGAAAUGCCAUCAUGACUUACACUUCGGAUUGGAGAAAGCUCAUUGACACACUUGCUUACCCUGGUCUGAGUAUCAAAGGUAUAGCAACUGUUGGACCUAGCUUGGAUAUAUACGGCAGGAAUGUUGUAAAGAUUCGCGGCAGUGUGACUCUGAGUGGACAGGCCAAGGCUGGCGCUCGAGUGCACUUUGGCCGUGCAGAACUCUACUUCCCUCAGGACGAGGAUGGGACUAAAGGCGAUACGGACUAUGAUAAGAUCGAAAAUAUCAAGUCUCAGCAAGAGCGACCGAAAACCGGUCUGGAACCACAAUUCUACGCCUCCGCUCAGGCAUCCGCAAACCUUGCCAUUGAUGUGUCUCCCAGUGCCCGAAUUGGUAUUGAGGUAGGGCCGGCCAUCUUGGGCAAGGGAAAUCUUGUGGACGCGCAGAUUAUAGCUUUCCUGAACAGCACUCUUGAUUUCUCCGCCACUGUGACAGGGUCUAUUGGAACCGACACCGAUCCUACCUACACCUAUAAAUAUGGUGCCUAUCUCUACUAUAAUCUAGGCUAUGGAGGAUAUGCCAACAUUCUCGGCGGUACGUGGAAUUGGCACUUCACGCCAGUCUACCUUUACAGUGUGCCAGGUAACAAGUACACGAUCUAUGAAAAUAGCAACGUCGAAUCAGACGCCACUCUUAACUCAAAGAGAGACGUCAAGAUACUGUCAGAUGCAGAUGAAAAGGGACUCUUCCAUGAUGAUUAUGAUGAUGCACUGUCAGCUGACAGUGGCCUUGAGCCAUAUGUCCCACCUGCUAGCCAUUUUCACCACCGCAGGAACCAUAUGCACCUCCAUCGCAAGGGUUACGGCUCUAAUGAUGGGAAAUCAAAUGCUACAUCACCCAUUCCCGAUGCGGGAUCUAUAAUAUUCAAGAGGGCAGACAGUGACGAUGGGACAAACCCAGACACGGCUGGUGUCUCUUCAUUUACCGGAUCUCAGAAAUUCGAUUGUCCCAAGUCCGGGAACAAACAGCCAACUCUUCCAGAAUUUCGCUAUAACUGCCAAGCAUUCUCUGCCAACCAGGUUGUUACCACAGAUGGUUCGUCCCAGACAGUCAGAGGUAUCUGCGACGGCAUCUUCGGAUGGUUUGGGUCAGAUGGCGCCAGCAGCGAUGGUGUCGAGCUCACAUGGGAUCCUGACCGGCGCCAAACGCGAGACGCGUACACGUGCAACAGGUGGAGAGACAGCGCGAUUGGAAAGGCAAAGUCAUACUGUACUGACCAGAAGGAGAAGCUCAAUACAGCCGCCGGCCUCGCGCUUUUGAGUACAUUGUACACCAACGUGGCUUAUUUUGAUCGUGAUAGCAAAUCGGAUGAAGAAGAUUGGAAGCUUUGGUCCAGGCGGGGCGCCAGGAAGGACGAAAGAUGGACCCCUGGAGGAAGCGAGAAAGAUAAAGACCCACCAGCCUUCGGGCGGUUGACGCGAUAUCCUGAGCCAGUCCCUCUCGCUCACGGCAUUGACGAAACGGAAUGGGAAAACUCCGGUCGAACGCUUGGCUAUAACUUCAAACGCAAUUUUACAAUGUCCCUGGCGUACGCGACGAGUCUCUCGAAUACCCCCGAUCAAUGGGGUAAGAUGGCGUUGACGGAUUCACAAAUUCCGGGCGGUGCAGUCGACAAAGACCCCACACAUGUCUUUUGCGCAAUAAACCUAUUCAAUCAACCGAAGGUCUAUCGAUACGGUACUGGUAACGGGUAUUGUCUUGAUACAAGCAGAAACAAUGGAUGGCGCGAUGAAAGAGGCUUCGGGAAACGCCCUGAAUACAAAAUGUGCAAAGUUAACUUCGCCGGGAGCAAGUUCGCCGAUCAACAGACUCCCGGUUCGUACAGCAAACGUGACCAAGAUGACUCGAUAGGUGGGAAUGAUCCAUGGGAGAUUGAAAGUAUCGAGCUGCUUGAUGAGGAGGACGAACUCCCGCCGUGGGACGAUGCGGACUGGGAGAACAUGUUGAGUUCUGAAGACAUGAAGUUUGGGCAUACAGCAGAUUCAAUUUAA